GUUAAUGGUUACACUGUCAUUUUUGGUCAUUGAUCGUGGAUUUGUGUUGAUCUUCCCCAGUUUUGGUUAUUUAAAAAAAUGCUGCAUGAUCUGACACUAAAAUAGAUUGUAAUUUGGAGCCGAUAUGGAUGUGUGAUUUAUGCGUGGGAGCAAGGGUGGCUAGCUAGCAUUGGUUGUACAUCUAGCUAACCAGCUCCCCUACGUGGAAACGCUAGCCUUUUGACGUUGGAAAUGCUAACGUUCGCUAGCUGAUACUCCUCUUCAUUGAAUGCAGGUUUCCUUCACAAUGACGGAGUAACGAUAGACAACUUUGGAUCGAUUAGGAUAUUAGUAUAAAUACAUAGGCACAUCUGAGGAUUUUGGUACCAGAUGAUUGAAGUGGGUGUGGCCAUUUGACAAACAGUCCAUCCUGAGUGACGGCUCCUUCAACCACCUUGUCCCCACCCCUUUCCCCACCCUCUCGCACCCGGUUCCCACUGCGAUGUCUCAUCUGCCUAGCAGCUCAGUCCGUGACCAUAUGAAAUGGGUCUGUCCUCAACUGUCCACAAACUAUGCGGGGUUGCUCGGCUGUGAAGCAGUUCUCUCCAGCAUGGCUCUUAUGCAGGCUAGUUCCAUGGCUGGUCCCAAGAAGAUGAUGGCACCAUUGGGACCUGCCCCUGGCCAUCCCGGUCCAGGACAGAGGGACAUUCAGGACCGUGGACCUCAGGGUCCCAUGGUUCUGCCAUCUGGAAUGAACUGUCCACCACUGCUCCUCCGGAAAGAGGGAGAGUUCUCUGCUCCCCGUCUGUUGGAUGAGAAGGAAAUGAGAGCCAAUGAGGACAUGCAGCUGAAAAAGAAGAACAGGAAGUCGGGAACACCCUGUAAAGUGAGGGAGCAGGAGGGGAGGGGAGGGAAGGUGGUGGUUGUGGACGAGAAUGGGAAUUGUCCACUGUCAAAAGUGCAGAAGAACUUCAUCUGUGACCACUGUUAUGGAGCCUUCAGGAGUGGCUACCACCUGAAGAGACACAUUCUCAUCCACACUGGAGAGAAGCCGUUUGCUUGUGCCAUAUGUGACAUGAGGUUCAUUCAGCGUUACCAUCUGGAGAGACACAGUCUCACUCACACGGGGGUGAAGCCCUACGCUUGUUCCAUGUGUGACAUGCGGUUUUUCCAACGUUACCACUUGGAGAGACACAACCUCAAACAUACGGGGGUGAAACCGUAUGCUUGCACCAUGUGUGACAUGCGGUUUUUCCAACGUUACCACCUUCAGAGACACAGCCUCAUCCAUACGGGGGUGAAGCCCUACGCUUGUUCCAUGUGUGACAGGCGGUUUUUCCAACGUUACCACCUGCAGAGACACAGCCUCACUCACACGGGGGUGAAGCCCUACGCUUGUACCAUGUGCGAUAUGAGGUUUUUCCAACGUUACCAUCUCCAGAGACACAGCCUCACCCACACGGGGGUGAAGCCCUACGCUUGUACCAUGUGUGAUAGGCGAUUUUUCCGACGUUACCAACUGCAGAGACACAGCCUCACCCACACGGGGGUGAAGCCCUACGCUUGUACCAUGUGUGAUAGGCGGUUUUUUGGACGUUACCAACUGCAGAGACACAGCCUCACCCACACGGGGGUGAAGCCCUACGCUUGUACCAUGUGUGAUAUGAGGUUUUUCCAACGUUACCAUCUCCAGAGACACAGCCUCACCCACACGGGGGUGAAGCCCUACGCUUGUACCAUGUGUGAUAGGCGAUUUUUCAGACGUUACCAACUGCAGAGACACAGCCUCACCCACACGGGGGUGAAGCCCUACGCUUGUACCAUAUGUGAUAGGCGGUUUUUCGGACGUUUCCAACUGCAGAGACACAGCCUCACCCACACGGGGGUGAAGCCCUACGCUUGUACCAUGUGUGAUAGGCGAUUUUUCCAACGUUAUCAACUGCAGAGACACAGCCUCACCCAUACGGGGGUGAAGCCCUACGCUUGUACCAUGUGUGAUAUGAGGUUUUUCCAACGUUACCAUCUCCAGAGACACAGCCUCACCCAUACGGGGGUGAAGCCGUACGCUUGUACCAUGUGUGACAUGAGGUUUUUUCACCGUUACCAUCUGCAGAGACACAGCCUCACUCAUACUGGGGUGAAGCCCUACGCUUGUACCAUGUGCGAUAUGAGGUUUUUCCAACGUUACCAUCUGCAGAGACACAGUCUCACCCACACGGGGGUGAAGCCCUACGCUUGUACCAUGUGUGACAUGAGGUUUUUCCAACGCCAUCACCUCCAGAGACACAGCCUCACCCAUACGGGGGUGAAGCCAUACGCUUGUUCCAUGUGUGACAAGCGGUUUUUCCAACGUUACCAGCUGCAGAAACACAGCCUCUCUCACACGGGGGUGAAGCCCUACGCUUGUACCAUGUGUGACAUGAGGUAUUUCCAACGUUAUCAACUGCAGAGACACAGCCUCACCCAUACGGGGGUGAAGCCCUACGCUUGUGCCAUGUGCGAUAUGAGGUUUUUCCAACGUUAUCAUCUGCAGAGACACAGCCUCACCCACACGGGGGUGAAGCCGUAUGCUUGCUCCAUGUGCGACAUGAGGUUUUUCCAACGUUACCACCUGCAGCGACACAGCCUCACACACACGGGGGUGAAGCCCUACGCUUGUUCCAUGUGUGACAUGCGGUUUUUCCAACGUUAUCAACUGGAGAGACACAGCCUCACUCACUCGGGCGAGAAGCCAUUUGCCUGUGACAUGUGUGACAUGCGUUUCAUCCAGCGCUACCACCUGGAACGGCACAAGCGUGUGCACAGCGGAGAGAAGCCAUAUCAGUGUGAACGCUGCCAGCAGAACUUCUCGCGGACGGACCGCUUGCUGAGGCACAGGCGACUCUGCCAGGGGCGUGGUGUUGCUAAGGUAGAGACGCAGCCCUGCUGCGAGCCCCGCCCUUACCCGCAGGAGCCUCCUCCCCCCACCUCGGCCUGGAGCCCCCUGCACCCGCCCCCGGGCCGUCUCGCCGUUUGACAUUCCCUUCCCCCCCUCUUCCCCCCCCUCGCACCGCCAUCGGCUCCUUGGAGACCCUGCUGUCCUGGCAACACUCACCCGUUGCCACCCCAGCAAUGAGCUCAGUGGCACCACUCUGUGGCCAAGACUGAUACUGCAGCUUUCAGUCAAGAGGGGGGAAUUAACAAAGAGGGGAUUUUUUUUUUUUUCCCUUUUACCUUUGUUGUUGUCGUUGAUGUUUUUGGGGAAGGAGGGGGGGGGGGGGUUCAAACGUAUGGUUAGUUUCCUUCCUUCAUCUGUUGUAUGGGUUAUUUUGUACUUAAUCAUGGUUCUUGUUCCUUUAAAAGGUCAUGUUACUUUCAUUUAAUAUUUUGAAAUUGCUGUCAUGAUUUAUGGUGGUACUUUUUAAAGGAAGGGAACUAGAGCAGUUGAGAGGGAUUUCAGGUGGGACUCUAUUUGUUGUUACACCGUGGAAAAGAAGAGGGAUGCAUACAUAUAUACUUGGAUUUACACAGAGAACCUAUCUAGGAGAAAAAAAAGGCAUUGAUGUUGUUAUGCCCAUCGUAGUUCAAAAGGAUAUCCACGAAUGGUACAACUUCCUAGUUCCGUAAAUAGUUUUUGACGACCGUAGUUCCAGAGAUGGAGCUUGAUAGUGUGAACCCAAGACUGAUCACACGUCCCUUGUAUAUUUUGUGUAAUGUUUGUGAAAGGGGUGGCCAGUGGGAGUAGUGGUAGAGACGGUCCUGUUCGCGGUUAGUUGCCGCCUUUUUCGUCUGCAGCACCACUGAUGCGCUGGCGACAACGGAAACGGCGCACACACGCACUGUGUGGCUCCCGCAGAGCCGGCCACUUUCCCACCUCCCUGAAAAUGCCCCAGGAUGCCAACUCACGGGCAAGAACUUUUCAAAAACAAAAAAAAACAAACGCUUGCCUGCGUAUGUCAACGAUGGCACAAUAUUAGCAACAUCUGGAAGUCCUGUCGCUACUUCAGAGAAACACAUACGUGAGCCUGUGCUGUCCUUUUUGGGGUGACCGCAGCCCUGUCGUGCUUUUUACAGACAUUUGACAGCACAAGACGUCUUUUCCUAAGUCCCACCACUUAACCAUGUAUACAGAUCAAUGUGCUCAGCCUAUAACAAGACAUAUUCAAUCUUGUGGCCUUAGGAUGUGCUAAUGUUUUUCAAUAUAUUUUGUUUUGUUUGUUUUUAAUGUAUGUUAUUUUUACUUUGAAUUUAAUGGUGUAAUUAUCGUUUCACUUAAAAUCAUAUUUGAGAUAGUCACUGCCUUUUACAAACAGACAAACGUUUUUUCCAAAGCCGCCGUUGUAACGAAACCUCGCCUACCCUUCUGGCACCUGAUUGCUUCAGUUACCACAUGGAUCAUAGAGUAGCUAUGCUGCUGUUGUUUUUGUAAUUAAUAUUAUCAUCCAUAAAUGUAUCAAUAUUAUCUGUCAUGGAUAUUUGUUGGAAAAAAGGACUUAAGAAGGAUAGUAACAAGGAUUUUUCAUUUUUGACAGGCAGUGUGAUGGGCAACCCUAGUCGCUUUUACUUUGAGCAUCUAAGACCUAUGGGGUCCUGUAUGUGGAAAUGAUGUAACUUGGCGUCCUUGAGGUCAUAACUUUUUCAUAUUUGCCUAUUAAGUAGUGAUGGUGUUGGAGUAACGCUAGCAUUGAAAUUGUGUUUUCUCUUUGGGGAAGUCGGCCUUAACGCGUGCUCACCCCUAAGACAAGAUUCCAUCGUAGUCCUUGCCCUCAGUGCUUGUGGUGGGUUUAUGUGUCUAGGAGUUUGCUCUAUACCUUGUCACAGACUUUUGAUGAAACAUGUCAAUGCUUAGCAGCCUCUGCUGCACCGCACCUUGGCAUUUUGAAGGGCACAAUGGAACUGUUGGGCAACCCACAGAACGACUAUGGGCCAACUGUUACCUCUGGGUCCUGCAUGCUGAUUUAUAGCUGAUCUGACAACCCCGUCAUGUAAUCCACAAGUGCAACAAGGGAAGGCAGGGUUGCCAAAUCUGUAUUUAAUCCACUUUUUAUAUAUAUAUUUUAAUUAUGAUUAUUUGAAUUUGACAAAAAAUGAACUUAAGCUCCUCUUUUAGUUGCAUACUGUAGUAACAUGAUUCUGUUUGUGUUUCAAGGACCUUUUUUUUAUUUCUAAUAUGACUUUAAAAACACUGGAGUGAUAAAGAAAUAAAAAAAAUACAGUUUUUUUGUUUUUGUUAUUUUAAACAGAAUUAGAGUUUAGAAUUUAGACAGAGCCUCUCUUCAACUCGACACACGUGGUGGGCAGAACUUAUCCAGUCAUUUGGAUGAUUCAUAAGGGUCUUUGUACCUUGGAGAAAAAAAAAAGUAUAUAUUUUUUUCCCUCUUGUAUUAACUCUCCUUCCCCCCCACCCUGCCCCACCCCAAAUUUGAUUUUAGUGAACUAUAUUGAUAGCGACAUUAGUCAAGAGACCGCGUCUAUGGUAGAAAACACAGACUAGUCUUUUUGUUAUUCUCAUAGGCUUGCAUGCAGUUACAGUCAUCAGUUUUAAGAGCUUAUAUUGUUUUGUUUUUUAUUUCGUGUAGGUGAAAAAAUAUUUGCAAAGACAUCUUUUCUAAUAAAAAAAUAAUGUGAUAUCAUGAUAAUUAUUGUAAAGAAAAAAAUGGGCAAACUAAUAUGUACCCUUGUGAUCCAAUUAGUUUUCAUUGUAUGGAGUGAGGAGAGGGGCUUCCAUUAUGCAGAAAUAAAAAAUACUUUGUAAAAGUAAA